AUGGCUUUCCUGCGGUAUGGGAACCACACUGCAGUUACAGAGUUCAUUUUAUUGGGAUUAACAGAUGACCCAGUCCUUCAAGUUAUCCUCUUCAUCAUCAUCCUGUGCAUCUACCUGGUGACCCUGUCUGGAAACCUCAGCACAAUUGUGCUAAUCAGAGUCUCUCCUCAGCUCCGUCACCCCAUGUAUUUUUUUCUGAGCCAUUUGGCUUCUACUGAUAUAGGCUAUUCAUCUUCAGUCACACCCAACAUGCUUAUUAACUUCCUGGUGGAAAGAUGUACCAUCUCCUACCUUGGGUGUGCAAUUCAGCUUGACUCAGGUGCUUUCUUUGGGCCAAUUGAGUGCUUCCUUCUGGCUGUCAUGGCUUAUGAUCGCUUUGUGGCAAUCUGUAGCCCACUUCUUUAUUCAAUCAAAAUGUCCACACAAGUCUGUAACCAGUUGGUUGUAGGAUCAUAUGUAGGUGGUUUUCUUAAUGCUUCCUGCUUUAACUUUUUCUUCUUUUCUUUUCUUUUCUGUGGAUCAAACAGAGUAAACCACUUUUUCUGUGAUUUCACUCCUUUAGUUGAAAUUUGCUGUUCUGAUGUCAGUGUUUCUGUACUUGUGACCUCAUUUUCUGCAGGAACCAUUAUCAUGAUCACAUUGUUAGUCAUAGCUGUCUCCUACACCUACAUUCUUGUCACAAUCCUGAGGAUGCGCUCUACUGAGGGCCGUCAGAAGGCCUUCUCCACCUGCACCUCCCACCUCACUGUGGUUACUCUGUUCUAUGGGACUGUCACAUUCAUUUAUAUGAUGCCAAAAUCCAGCUACUCCACUGACCAGAACAAGGUGGUGUCUGUGUUCUACAUAGUGGUGAUCCCCAUGUUGAACCCUCUUAUCUACAGUCUGAGGAAUAAUGAGAUUAAGAGUGCUCUGAAGAGACAGCUUAAUAUGAAAAUAUUUUCUUAG